AUGACUACAAACUACAGCAUUCCAUCUGUCGAAUCCAUUCUCGAAGUCGCUUCCGAAGAUGAAGCAGGAGAAAAGGCCAGGAACAAGGACUUGGUAGCUGCCAAAAACAAACGCCGUCGCCCGAGAUCCGAGCACACAACUAUGAAAGCAGACCUUGGUAAGGAGAGGGAAAGGUCGACGCGGAGGCUCAAACCUGGGGGUAAACACUCCAAGGGUAAACCGAAGAAAACUAAAGUCAAGAAGGUAGGUGGACCUUCAAGAGACUAUGGCCGUGAGGAGUCAAGAAUGAGGCAUCGACGUGGGCCCUCACAUCGAAACUCAGGUUCUACGUCCUCGUCGCCGGAUGAGGAAGAGACAGUGCUGGAUCACAGGGCUGUGUUGGCAGCCAAGUCUCGAUUGACGUCACCCUCAAUGGUGUCGAUAUUUACGACGCAAACGACUGCUACCAAUAAGUCACAUUCAUCGAGUGGGAGCAAUUCCACAAUCACGCAAGCAUCAGUCACGAGAAGGGCGGCCGUUGAAAAGAAGCCAGAGGUAAAAGAAGCGGGAGAACAGCCAACGUCAUCGUCGAUGCCUGAGUCUCCCAACGUCUCCCAGUCCUUGGAAGACGGUAAUCCUCCAAAAGCUGAAGCUGGGGACGACGAGGACGAAGAGGACGACGACGAUGAGAGUGAAGACGAAGAAGAGACACCUCAAUGGCAGCCAAAGCGAACAGAGGGUGAGGGUGCAUACGUCGAAUCCGCACCUCCUCACCAACAACAUAUCAGUACAUCAUCCUCAGCAUCAAGCAGCUUUCACGAAGAGGACAGUUUCUCCGAGCCUGCAGCAGACAACGAAACCGAUCGAAGCAGUAGCCCAGAGAGAAGUGAGCGCAGUCAUGACGAGACCCUACACGCUCCCACAUCAUCAGAUCAAGCAUCAGCUAAGGUAAAAUCUCAACUAGCAGCAGCCCAACAACGGCAGCACACCCACGUCUCGAUGCAGCAACUCGGUAACCCGAGCAUGCCCCGUGGCAAUGUUCCACGCAUUUCUACAUCAAAUCUGAGUAGCAGAUCUCAACACCAGGCUCAGAUGCAAUACCGGCCUCUUCCACGCGUGGAAAGGCUCCCAGCUACCGGGUACGAACUGUUGGCAUCAAUGCUCUCCGAAUUCAGCGCCAGCGAAAGUGGUCCAAGAAUCAAACCUAUUUAUCGCAAAUUCUCGGCUCUGAAUCAUCGGCUCCUGCUGCAUCUGCAAGACGAGCUAAGCGAGCUCGAAGAGCAGCUCCGCCAGUUGGAUCACGCAGACACACAGGCCAGAGUCGUUGACAUUCACGGUCAUAUUGUGCCUGCGUCGAGAAGAUUGGCGGCACAGGCUGGUGGAGAACUGCAGUGGCAUAAGACGGAUAUCUUGGGGAGGAUUGGGUACAAGCUGGAGCAGUACAACCACGUCCUAUCCUCCUUCAAAAGCACUCAGUCCCUGGCUCAUCCAGACCCAGAGGACAUCGAGCUAUACCGCGCGUAUCUCCAAACCGAACAGCCCAUCGCAGAACCCGAAACGCAUUUCCUCGAUCCAGCCGACGACCUCGUCUCUAUCACCUCUGACCCGCCUCACUCCUUCGCUUCCCCCUCUUUGACUUCAUCCCUCUCAUCUCGCUCGCUGCCCUCUUCCUCUCCCGGCUCGCCCCUCCUCCAAACCCGCCAACCAAGCAUGGAUCUGCAACCCGUCCUCCCCGGGGUCGCAUCUGCCCUCGCCAUUGCCGUACUGGUUCCGAUUUUAAUGUUCUCGGUAAUUCCAGGCUUCGUGGGACGCGUGACCGUCGCGGCUCUCGUCGGAGUUUUCAUGGUGGGCGCGCUGGUCCAGAGCGGUAUUGUGGAUAGGGGGUGGAUGGUAAAGAGGGAGGGGUUUAGUUGUGUAGGCUGUUAUUUAGGAGUUAUGGUUGUUCUGGCCGGCGUAGUUUGA